AUGGCAGAACAUGGAACUGUAUGGCUCAAUGCUCAACUAGGGUUAGACCAAUGGGGACGUACUAAAGAGUUGGCAUACAACACACUCCGGAGUCUUGAACAUAUCAUUAUAGGCCAACAGAGUAACACUAUCACAAGCAUGUUAGCCCGGAUUGCUGCAUUGGAACAAUCCCUCCAAAAGGUUAACCCUAAUGGGGGUGCGAUACCCGAAACUCCACCAAUAACACCCGACGUGUCGUUAAAAGUGCCAUUGUUGAACCCAUCUACAGCUCUUACACAUGACAAUCCUUUAUACUCUACUGCUUCAACACCGGUGCAAGGAUGGACAACCAGUGGGGUAAGCCAAUCAGGAGGUGUUCCAGAGGGUGCACCAACACCAAACCCUAACUGGUAUUAUCGCGCUGAGCCAAGUCAACCAGCUUUCAUCCCACCUAUUAGAAAUUUCACAUUCGACGGUCGACCAUUACCGUAUUAUGGAAAUCCCCAAUUACCAGCAACUAAUCAGGGAACUACAGCUGUUGUUCCGGCCAUGAGAUGGCCACCAAGGGCUCCCGGUUAUCCACCCGCUGGUAAUUUUGUUCCUCCAAGGGGAAUAGUGCCAUCAUCGAGACCAUUGCUUCCACCGAAUCCUAUAGAAGGGCAGAAUAAUCAGCUUCAACACAUUGACGGUGUACAAACUCAGGCUAUACCAACUCCAGUAAAUGUCCAACUGGUUUCGGCAAUAGCUAAUACUCCACCGAUAGCAAAUCCAUUGCCGAAUAAUAAUCAAAGGUUUGUGGGCUAUGGACAACAAGAAGCUGUGCCGAGGAUAAUGCCCAGACGUGUUCCUACGGUGGAAGAAAUUCUAGAAGAACAACAGUGGAUUGAGUAUGAAGCAAACGAGGCACAGAACCGGGCUAAAGCAAGGAACAAUGCUCGGAGAAGGGAGGCUAGAAAUCCACAGAGGAAGAAUCAACCGGAAGCACUGCUUUAUCAAGAGAAUUCUAACAGGAUGGUUUUAUGCGUGAAGAAGGAACUGCACCUAUGUUUACCACAGAGGCAAAAGCUUGGUGAAACGGCAGAAGCAUAUCUUACUCGGUUCCGACCAAUGCAUGCCAAGAUACCAGGAGCCAUUUCUGGUAAAUAUGAAGAAUCAACUAUAGUUAAGAUGGCGAUAUCAGGUAUUCAAGAUUUCAAAUUGAAAUUGGCUGUAACACCACAUCUAAUCAGGUCUCUGGCACAGCUUAUGGAAGUGGUCCAUAAUACAGAAAAGGUCAUUCGUGCAAAGCGAGAAUCUAAGCCAACAAAAUCAAAGUCCUGGUUCCAUAAGGAGGCUACGGCAGAAGUGAACAACAUUGCUUGGAAUUCUUCUGAUGAUGAAGACCGACCUUGGGAUAAUGUCAAUGUAGCAGAGAUCAUUAAUUUAAAGGAGUAUACAUGUUGUUUGCAAUGCGAUACAAUUCUUGGUGGAUUCAAACAUCAAUUGACCGAAUUGGAACAACGGUUUAGCGGACAUUACCAUCAACCAGUUUCACAGCAAGAAGUCACCAUCAUGGUGGAUGGUCGUCCACAGACAUGGGUUCACAAACCAGCCCCAGGAGAGAUCUUGCAGAAUCAUCUACAGCAACAAACAUUUCAUAAUCAUCCUCAGGCACCACCACAACUUCUACAGGUCUUUCAAACGGGUUUUCAGUCGGCAGGUGUUCCUGUUCCAGCCUGUCGACACAUGUCUCCCGUACAUGUACCAGCUCCUCAAAUACCUGCUCACAUGCGAGACAAUAGACUGCCAUCAAAGAAAUCAUCUGAGUUUGCAGUUAUGGAUGAUGCACCUUUGGAUCUGGAAUUAGCACAGGCUUUAAGGAAACGGGACGCAAUUCAACGUGUUUUGAAGUUUUUUGAGGCUGGACGCAAGUUUAAGGCUGAACACCUAGAAGUGAAUUGGGAAGAUGUUAUCUAUGAUGUUGAUCCAGAAACAGAUAAUGAUGUUGUCGAGCUCAAUGAAUUAACCGUCGUUGCGGACAAGUUGGAAGAUGGUUCUAUGGCUACGAAAGAUCCUGUCAUCACCGCAGAAUAUGAGGGCUUGAUUUAUGAUCUCCGGGCUUUGAUACACAAUGGGGCACGCAACGUCAAAGUAAUUAGCAACUCUGCUCUUGUGGUUGGGCGCAUGAAGAAUACCAUGAAGCGGAAGGAUGAUAUUCUGUCCCAAUAUGCGGCUCUCGAGGAUGAACUCCAAUCUCACAUUGAUAAGAUCACGUUUACAAAUGUGUUGCACCCUGACAAUCAUGAGGCCAACGCCAUGGCACAAUCUGCGUCUGAUUAUGUUCUUGAGGUAAAUCCUUCUUGGCAAUAUGAUAUUGUCAAAUUUGAUUUCCCUGCUUAUCAUGAACAAGCAGCUGUUCCAGUUCACACAAUACAACCACAAGUUGAUGCCGGUGAUUGGAGACGACCUAUUCUUCACUUCCUUCUUAACCUAGAAACCCCUACUAACAUUCAGACCAGAAGCUGGGCUACACAAUAG